GCAAUUCUCAAGCUCUCCAAACGUGAGAGUUUAAAUGAGAUCCACCAGCUAGACAACCGAAAUGUCUCUUCCCAGCGGAGCUAUGUCAAAGGAUCCAGAAAGUCGCAGGCGGAGGUCCACAGCCGAUAGCCUCGAUCCCCCAUGGGACAAUGACCCCCGAGGUCACCGCCGCAGCUCUCUGUGUGACAGACUCUGUGUGGCCAGCAUGCACCCUGAGCUUUUGGGCACCCCCUCGCCCAACACCAGCCAUCACAUCGGUGUCUUCACCCCCAAAUACACUGGACAGAGAAGACACUCCUUCCCCUCGAAGUGCGGUCCCGCGUCCGAUGAGGUGUGGGAGGAGGGCAUGUCCAAGACCACCAUCAGGGCAGAGAACGAGGUGGAGGCACAGAAACUGGCCAACAACUACAAGUUUGGCUUCCGGAAGUGGAAGAGCCACAUCACGGAGCGGCCGUUCGAGGACCGGUCCGACAUCGUGAAGGAGCUGUACUCCGAGCUGAACGUCGUCAGGUCCCCUGCAGGUUCUUUAUUCACCUGUGGGAAUAUAGUGUAUGUGCUGUUGUUCGGCUGGUGGACAUCUUUAGUGUACGCCCUGGUCAGUGCACUGAUGUUCCUCACCAUCAUCGGAAUACCCUAUGGGAAGCUGUGCUGGAGGCUCUCCUGCUACUUCCUGUGGCCGUUUGGGAAGUCGAUAGAGAAGGCCAGCAGUCUGGCAGGCACCUGCUGUGUGAGGUUUCCCCACUGUGAGGCCAUCCCCGAGGUGGACGAGAUGAAGGAGACCUCGCCCCUACUGCAGUCCGCGCCCAUCGAAAUGCCCCACCCCGUGCCCCUGUGCCCCCAGGCCCCCCCGCAGCCCCGAUACUGGUGUCGCUUGAGCACAUACGUGUGGCUGCUGCUCGGGUACCCCCUGCUGUGCGUGGUCCAUGCUCUGGCCUGCAUCCUGUCCUGGAUGCUGGUCUUCACCAUCCCUGUGGCCAGGAUGAACGGCCGCACCAUGAGCUCCAUCCUGCUCAUGGCCCCCGAGCAGGUGCUCAUCUGCUCUGUGAAAAAGACUCAGGGUUGUGAGAGCAGAGCUAUUCUCUGUUGUUACUAUGCCUUCAACUGCUACUACUACAAAUACACUGUAGAUGGGAUCAAUGUCUUUGCUGUCAACCUCCUCCUCCUGGUGAUCGUCACCCUGGCGAUCGGGUACACCGACACGUCAGACCACUUCAUCAGCCCACAGGCCAAGUUCGCCAUGGCCGUCAGCUCCAUCAUCCCCCUGUCCUACUACAUUGGCAUGGGCAUCGCCAGCAUCUCGGCGCAGAGUAACUUCGCGGUGGGCGCGGUGGUGAACGCCACCUUCGGCUCCAUCACGGAGAUGACCUUCUACAUCACAGCCCUGCUGCGGGGCCACAACGCCGGAAGCAAGUGCUUCGAGGAGGUGGUGAAAUCCGCCCUGACCGGCACGCUGCUCGGCUGCAUCCUUUUCAUCCCGGGAAUCUGCAUGAUCAUUGGUGGCUGCAAGCACAGGGAGCAGAGGUUCAACAGCCGCUCGGCGGGCGUAAGCUCCGCCCUCCUCUUCAUUUCGGUGGGAGGUGUGUUCGCCCCGACGCUCUUCUCCAAGGCGUACGGGAACCUGGUGUGCGAGGCCUGUGCCAACAGCACCGCGAACUCCAGCGGCCCCUUCGCGUGCAAGAACUGCCACUAUGACCUGAGUGAAAAUAACCAUUCCCUGUUUCACAGUCACAUUGAGCCGUUGGUGAACACCAUUGCGGUGCUGCUGCCUGCAGCUUACCUGAUUGGCCUGAUCUUCACCCUGAAGACGCACUCGCACAUAUACGACAUCCACAUCAGCGGCUGCCACGCUCCCGGUCAUCACGAUGCGGUCGUGCACUGGUCCAGGUGGAGGGCUUUGAUCAUCCUCAUCGUGGCAACGCUGCUGAUGUCGGCCUGUGCUGACCUGACCACUGAGCACAUCAAGCCCAUUCUCGCCCACUCCAGUAUCUCUCAGUAUUUCAUAGGAGUCACUGUCCUGGCAAUGGUGCCUGAACUGCCAGAGAUUGUCAAUGGAAUCCAGUUCGCCCUUCAGAAUAACAUCAGUUUGAGUCUGGAGGUGGGCAGUUGCAUAGCAGUGCAAGUGUGUAUGCUUCAGAUUCCCCUGCUGGUAUUAUUCAAUGCUUUUUAUGAUGUUGGCUUUGUGCUCAUAUUCAGCGACCUGCAUCUCUGGUCGAGCAUUUUUGGCGUCAUCCUUGUAAACUACAUCUUCAUGGACGGGAAGUCUGACUACUUUCAGGGUACAGCCCUGGUCGUGGUCUACCUCAUUCUGCUGGCACUGUACUUCUUUGCGCCUUCCCCUGACGGCUGCUGACCAGCAGAGGGCGCUGAAGGAGAACUCUCCCAAGGCCGACCCUUUACACUUAACUCUUUACCCUAACUUUUUUAAACUAAAUGCUACAACAUUUCUGACAGUGUGGAAACGGUCACAGAGUCUGGUGUGAUUUUUCAGAAUUUCCUAUUUCUAUGAGUGAUUCACUACCUCUGUGUUUAACAUGUGCAUUUAACACCCUCUCCUUUUUUCGGCACUGAUACCCACUCCUGGUGAACCACUGUCUCCGGCAUCUGCCCUGAGCCCUUUAUUGCCUUCAGAAAUCAACCUCGUCCACCUGGUGUCCACCUCCAAUGUUGGUGCCCCUGUCUCUCUUACCUGUUCACAGGUAUUCCAGGGCAUUAGGCGGUGUGGUGUUGCAUGUGAUCACUUCUGAAACGGAUUUUUCUUCCUCUCUCCUUUACUCACGAGUUGCAGAAAGCACUGAGGGAUGUG